AAUCCAGCAUUAACUGUACGUGUCCAGGUUGAGGAUCGAGAUCGGGCAGCCCACUCAGCCAGUGACAAAGCUAAGUCUUUGCUGCAUAAAUUAGAGGACGCAAUUUCGGAACAACGGAAUCUUCAGACUAUAAAUACUGAGUUAGUGAAUACUUGCCAGACACUUGAGCGGAAGACAAGAAAAUUGAAAACAACAGUUGAGUCACUGAGAAAGAAGUUAAUUAAAGGACGACGCCAUGGCUUACCGUUUCAGAGCUGUUUAGAUGAGGAAUCUCCUCACUAUGAUCCCCUGUCCUGCACGGAUGGAAUUCAACAACCUCUUCAAGAAAAACUGAAGCAGUGUUGCCAUAAACAAUAUAGCAGUCAAGAAGCAAGAAUACAUCAGGCACCCCUGACUUUCAAACAUACAUGCUGGUACACACCUCUGCUGGAUGCCUUGCAUCUAGAGAGUCUUACAGUGAUUCCAAGACUGGAGUUGACACCUUUCUCAGGUGUAGCCAACCGAAUCCCAGAUGCAUGUGAAAGGCCCAACCAUGUGAAAAUAGAGGAUGGUGCUUUGGAUGUGACUAGAAGACACAAGUGCCCAGGCCCUGAAGUUGGCCCCCACUCAGGAACAGAUCUUUCAGGUUGCCUCAGGAUGAAUGAUGAUCUAAGGAUGGAAGAGAAUGGUGUUGAAUGCUUGUAUCCUAAGAGCCUGCCACAGUCCAGGGAAUAUUCCACACUAUCAUCUCCUGGACACACUUCAUCCACAGAGAGUACUGUGACUUCAAGUGAUUCUGGGCCAGAAAUUUUGAAUAUGGCUUCUGGUGACCUUGUCUGUAAGUCACUCUGUGAGAAAGAGGAGGAUACAGGAUCAGCCUCUUCUAUGAUAAAGAUCACAGGCAAAAGUCCAGCUCAUGACAAUACUGCACCCCAAGGCUCUGUGAGUGAGGACAAAACCACAUUAAAUCUGGAAGCUAAAGAGGAACCAAAAACAAUAGAUGAGCAUAGAAAAGAAUGUGCCGCAGGAGUUGCUGCUGUUUCCUCUCUCCCUGUAACCACUGUGAAAUCGGUUAACUUUAAACAAAGUGACAACACUUCUGCUAAUGAGAAGGAGGUUGAGGCUGAAUUUCUCAGAUUAUCUUUGGGAUUUAAGUGUGACUGGUUCACCUUGGAGAAAAGAGUAAAGCUUGAAGAAAGAUCACGAGACUUGGCAGAAGAAAAUUUGAAGAAAGAAAUCACUAACUGUUUAAAGCUGUUAGAGUCUUUAACACCACUUUGUGAAGAUGACAAUCAUGCCCAGGAAAUUGUUAAGAAGCUGGAGAAGAGUAUUACUUUCCUUAGCCAGUGCACUGCACGAGUGGCCAGUAGGGCUGAGAUGCUUGGAGCCAUUAAUCAGGAAAGCCGAGUUAGUAAAGCAGUUGAAGUGAUGAUUCAGCAUGUAGAAAACCUGAAGAGAAUGUAUGCCAAAGAGCAUGCUGAAUUAGAAGAACUGAAACAGGUUCUUCUGCAAAAUGAAAGGUCUUUUAAUCCUCUUGAAGAUGAAGAUGACUGCCAAAUUAAAAGACGCUCAUCUUCUCUAAACUCCAAGCCAUCUUCUCUUCGGAGAGUGACCAUUGCCUCUUUGCCCAGAAAUAUAGGAAAUGCAGGAAUGGUGGCUGGGAUGGAAAAUGACCGAUUCAGUAGGAGGUCAAGCAGCUGGCGUAUUUUGGGGUCAAAGCAGAGUGAACACCGUCCCUCAUUACAUCGAUUUAUUAGCACCUAUUCCUGGGCAGAUGCUGAAGAAGAAAAAUGUGAACUAAAAAGUAAAGAUGACUCAGAACCAUCUGGAGAAGAAACAGUAGAAAGGACAAGAAAGCCAAGUCUUUCUGAAAAGAGAAAUAAUCCAUCAAAAUGGGAUGGUUCUUCAAUUUAUGACACAAUAGCUUCCUGGGCAACAAAUCUCAAGACUUCCAUCAGAAAAGCUAAUAAGGCACUCUGGCUUUCUGUUGCAUUCAUUGUACUGUUUGCAGCUCUGAUGAGCUUCCUCACAGGACGAUUUUUCCAGAAGUCUGUGGAUGCUGCUCCCACACCAGAUGGGGACUCCUGGAUGUCUCUAGAACAAAUCUUGUGGCCAUUUACUAGACUCCAACACAAUGGGCCACCACCAGUGUGACCAGAGCACAUCUCAAUGUAUGUGUCUUCAUUUUUAAAGUUUCAGUAUCUGAACUUUGUAAAUUAGUCAUUUUUAGCUGGGAAAUUAUAGCAUAGAACCAGAGGGUCUCAGAAGGACUGCAAGAUAUUUUACAUUCCCUCUUUCUGUGAUUUCCUCCCAAAUAAAAUAUAAUGGGGAGGAAGCCUACCUAUGAUCUUUUAAUGAGCUUUUUGAGGCGAUCUUACAUGUUGUUAAAAUUUAUUGAAAUAAAGAACCAUUCAAAUCUU